AUGGGCAAGCGCACGAAGAAGGUUGGCAUCUGCGGUAAGUACGGCGUGCGCUACGGCUCGUCGCUCCGCAAGGUCGUCAAGAAGAUCGAGGUCUCGCAGCACGCCAAGUACAACUGCGUCUUCUGCGGCAAGGACAACGUCAAGCGCGCCUGCACGGGCAUCUGGAAGUGCAAGUCGUGCCACAAGGUCGUCGCCGGCGGCGCCUACCUCCUCAACACGCCGUCGGCCGCCACGGUCCGCUCGACGCUGGCCCGCCUCCGCAAGGCCCGCGAAGCCAACAUUGAUGCGCCAUGCUGCGAAGGCACGUGUGCCGGCUUUUAA